AUGCCGCGCAGCGACUUGGCGGGCCGCGCCGCCUUGCCGCCGCCGCCGCCCUGUCUGGGGGCCGGGGGUGGCGCCGCGGGCUGCUGCUGCGGCGAGGCGGGGGCGGGGGGCCGCGGGGGCGGCGGGUCGUGCAGCUGGUCGUCGUCCGUGAUCUCCCAGAUGAGCGGCGAGUCGCGCGAGGAAGACGACGACGCCGCCGCCGGGGGGCAGAACUGGCGAGGCGGCUCCUGCUGGGGCGCGGCCGCACUGCCGGGGGCGGCGGGGGCGGGCGACGCCGGCGACACGGGCGGCGUCGUCUGCGUCUGCUUCUCGUCCGCUACGCGCAGCGGCGACGUACCUGCGGCGAACACACGUCAUACUGACGACAAGAAGACGGCAGCCCAGAAGAUGGCCAGCUCACUGAUUUAG